AUGGCGCCUGUCAAAGGGAAAUUAUAUCAGCGGUUGCUGUUCUUGGUCGUUUUUCUUCCAAUCUCAGGUGUUUUAUGCUUUAGUGAGUUAUUUUUCAUCAAGGAGCCCCAUGAUGUCACCGCCAUGCGGAAAGAAGCUGUUAUUUUGGACUGUCAGGCACAUGGAGAGUCACCCAUCGACGUCAGGUGGCUCAAAAAUGGAGUAAAAGUGUUGGAGAACGACCGGGUGUACCGGCUCUCCAAUGGCUCCCUUUUUAUUUCGGAAGUGGAGAGCAGGAGAGGAGACAAAUCAGAUGAAGGGCUCUAUCAGUGCCUUGCUCAGAACACAUAUGGCGCAAUCCUGAGCCAGAAAGCCCGUCUAACAAUCGCAAGUAUCUCAGCUUUUACAAUCCAGCCGACGUCCAUCGCGGUGACUGAAGGCUCAGUCGCCAGGUUUGCCUGCAAAAUCAGUGCCCACCCUCCUUCCAUCAUCACUUGGGAGUUCAAUCGGGUCUCGUUACCCCUUGCCACAGAGAGAAUCACCGUCCUGCCCAGUGGUGUGCUUCAGAUCCACGGGAUGCAGCGGAAAGAUGCUGGAAACUAUCGGUGUAUCGCCACCAACAUCGCCAGCCGCCGCAGAAGCAUAGAGGCCUCCCUCACUGUCACCCCAGCCCCCAGGCCCCCGCUUCCCCAGAGGCCGCGCAUUAUCGUCGGGCCACAGAACAUUUCAGUGUCGCUGCACCAGAAUGCCAUCCUGGAGUGCAUGGCCACAGGCAAUCCCCGACCCAUCCUCUCCUGGAGCCGAGCGGACAGCAAGUCUAUUGACGUUUACAGCACCAAAGUGUUGGGAAAUGGCAACCUCAUCAUCACCGACAUCAAGCCCCAACAUGGAGGCGUCUAUAUGUGCAGAGCCACCACUCCUGGCACGCGAAACUUCACAGUCUCUUCAGCCAACAUCACCGUGUUAGCACCCCCUUCCUUGGUUGAGUGGCCGGAGAGCCUGACCCGUCCACGAGCCGGCACCGCCCGCUUCGUGUGUCAAGCUGAAGGAGUUCCAACGCCUCAAAUCACUUGGUUCAAGAACGGAGAGAAAGUUCACUCUAAUGGUCGAGUCAAGAUGUACAACAGCAAACUGGUCAUCAACCAGAUCAUCCCUGAGGACGAUGCCAUCUAUCAGUGCCAGGCAGAGAACGAGCAGGGGUCGGUCCUCUCCAUGGCCAGGCUCAUCGUGGUGAUGUCUGAAGAUCGGCCCAGUGCUCCCAGGAAUAUCCGAGCUGACACCGUGUCGAGCUCCGCGAUCCUUCUGGCGUGGGACAGGCCUCAGUUCAACGCAGAUAAAGUUAUUGCUUACUCAGUGCACUACAUGAAGGCUGAAGGACUAAACAACGAGGAAUAUCAAGUUGUGAUUGGAAACGAUACAACUCGCUACAUUAUUGAUGACCUGGAGCCGGCUCGCAACUACACUUUCUACGUGGUGGCCUACAUGCCCAUGGGAGCCAGCCGCAUGUCGGACAACGUGUUCCAGCACACACUCGAGGACGUUCCCCUCCGUGCUCCUGAGCUCAGCCUCACCAGCCGCAGUCCCAUGGACAUCCAGGUGUCUUGGCAGCCGCUUCCAGACAAGCUGAGUCGUGGCCGAGUCUCCGCCUACCGUUUGUCCUACCGCACCAGUGCUGAGAGCACGGUGUCACAGCUGGAGCUACCUGGAGAGAAGACGCAGCACCUCCUGGAGAACCUGCAGUCCGACACCAUCUACCUGCUGCGAAUCGUUGCUGCCACCAGCAUCGGGUGGGGGGAGCAGUCCGCCUGGACGUCUCACCGCACUCCGAAGCUAUCGAGUGCUCGAGUUCCCAUGGCUCCUGAGCUGCAUUUAGAGCCUUUAAACUGCACCACUAUCUUGGCGCGCUGGCAGCUGUCUCCCAGGAACUCAGCUAGUGUUCAAGGCUACAAGCUCUUCUACCACGAGGAGAGCCAGUCAGAGAGGGCGCCGCUUCAGCUUCGCGCCUUGGAUAAUACUUACACCAUCGGAGGCCUUGACCCAAGGAAGAAGUACCAUGUGAAGCUUCUGGCUUAUAAUUUUGUCGGAGAAGGCUACCAGGCUGACCAGACUGUCAGCACCACUGGAUGUGUCUCUGUCAGAGAUCGCCUGGUGCCUCCUCCACCUCCUCCACACAACGUCUACAUCAAGAGCAACAGCUCCAGCUCGGUGUUUCUGCGCUGGGGUCGACCAGCCUUCACCUCCAGCCAAACCAUCAACUACACCGUGCGCUGCAACCCAGUAGGCCUGCAGAACGCCUCGCUGGUGCUCUACCUGCAGACGAAUGAGCAGAACCUCCUGGUGAGGGAUCUGGAGCCCAACACCAAGUAUGAAUUUGCCAUCCGCCUCCACAUUGACCAGCUGUCCAGCCCCUGGAGCCCUGUGGUCUAUCAGAGCACUUUACCUGACGCUCCAACUCUGCCUCCUUCCAACGUGAAAGUGACUCUGAUAGAAGAGGACACGGCGCUGGUUUCAUGGAAAAACCCAGAUGAACCCAAUGUAGCUGUGACACAUUACACCAUCCUGUACGCCUCCAGAAACGCCUGGUUAGCUGGGGAAUGGCAAGUGCUGCAGAGAGAAGGAACCAUCACCAUGGCCCUGCUGGAGAAAUUGAAGCCUGGUCAGAUUUACUUUGUGAAAGUUUCUGCCUCCAACAACAUGGGCGAUGGUCCGUUCUCUCAGACUGUGGAGCUGAAGGUCCUGGCAGAUCUGUCCUCGGGUCACGAUCCCCGGCUCUCUCAUGGCAACACACACUCCACAGCCUUUUCUGAUGGUUUCUACCACCUGGACCAAAAGUCAAUGACAGGAAUCACUGUGGGAGUCUGCAUCGCUCUCAUCUGCAUCAUCAUCUGUGCCUUCAUCAUCGUCUGCAGAGGCAAAAACAGGAAAUUCUCAGCAUUUAAAGCGUACAGAGAAGGAGCGGGCACAUCUGCCACAGCUGCAGGACAGCUGGGCUCUGAGGGACAAACAGAGAGCGCUGAUGUGAGCGUGCCGAUGCUGAGCCCAAACCACUUCAUCGAUGCCAAGGGUGGAACAAAUCUCAUUAUCAAUUCUCUCGGCCCUGUUCAGCCAAGCACUGAGAAGAAAGAGAAAUGGUUUUCCUUCAGCAGUAAUGCGAAAAAGGACAGUAAAGCACUGCAGAUUGUGAGACCCGCCUCCUACCAGCCCGGCUCCACCGUGCUGACCUAUGAAGAGGAGCUGAACCUGUCUCCAGAUCAGCCCGACGCCAUGCAGGCAAUGCGCUGGUCGCCCGGGGACUCGGAGGGCUCCUCCAGCAGCGAGGGCAGCCACGCAACCGGCGACUCGGGCCGUUACUCUCAUGACGAGACGGAGAUGACCAACCUCUCGUCUGGGGCCAGCAGCAGCCGCCCGUCUCUGUCCGCGGAGGACAGCGGAGGCUCGGACUGCAGCGCAAAAGAGUCAGGCGAUGUGGUGGAGGAAAGUCUGCCUGACCUGAAGUUAAUGGAGUCUGUCGACAAUGGCUGCUGUCACCAUGAAGCAAAAAACAGCUCUCAGGAUGCACUUUCUCUCCAGGUGCCUGAGUGUGUGUGA